AUGGCCGCCUCCACCAUGUCUGUCUGCUCUGACGCCCGCACCAACUCCUCCUGGCAGGUGGACGACUGCCCAGAGAGCUGCUGUGAGCCUACCUGCUGUGCCCCCAGCUGCUGCCAGUCCAGCUGCUGUGUGCCCAGCUGCUGCCAACCCAGCUGCUGCCAGCCCAGCUGCUGUGCCCCAUCCCCCUGCCUGAGCUUCAUCUGCACCCCAGUGAGCUGUGUGUCCAGCCCCUGCUGCCAAUCUGUCUGCUGCACACCCUCAUGCUGCCAACAGUCUAGCUGCCAGCCAGCUUGCUGCACCUGCUCCCCCUGCCAGCCGUCCUGCUGUGUGACUCUUUGCUGCAAGCCUGUCUGCUGCACACCCAUCUGCUCUGGAUCAUCACCCUCAUGCUGCCAGCAGUCUAGCUGUCAGCCUGCUUGCUGCACCUGCUCCCCCUGCCAGCAGCCUUUUUCAUCAUGCUGUCAGCCGUCCUGCUGUGUGCCCGUCUGCUGCAAGCCUGUCUGCUGCACACCCAUCUGCUCUGGAUCCUCCCCAUGCUGCCAGCAGUCUAGCUGCCAGCCCUCAUGCUGUCAGUCUUCCUGCUGCAUGCCUGUCUGCUGCAAGCCUGUCUGCUGCACACCCAUCUGCUCUGGAUCCUCAUGCUGCCAGCCAUCCUGCUGUGUGCCUGUCUGCUGCAAGCCUGUCUGCUGCAAGCCCUGCUCCAGCGUGUCCCUGCUCUGCCGCCCUCUGUGCAGACCUGCCUGCUGUGUGCCCACCUCCUCCUGCUGUGCCUCCUCCUGCCAGCCCAGCUGCUGCAAGCCCUGCUCCAGCGUGUCCCUGCUCUGCCGCCCUGCCUGCUGUGGCCUCUCCUCAUGCCAGAAGUCCAGCUGCUGA